AAAUUUUGUCAAAAAUAAAAACUCAGAUUAAUUCAAAAAGUUAAAUAGAGAGAAAAUAUUUAUAAACUAUAUUUUAGCUAAAAAAUGAUCGAACAAUUUUUCUUUUUAAUUGUCUUAUUCCUAGCUAUUAACGGUAUUAUUGUGAAAGGGUUAGAAGUGGUCUACUAUUAAGAUUUUACUCCUAGUCUUUCCUGCUCUAAUCUUUUUAGCUAGUAUUGGUCUAUAGUUUCUGGUUCUUUUUCUGGUGGAAGUUGCUAAUAUUAAUGCUAGAGAUCAGAUAAUGGAAAUCAGGCUGAUAUAUUAUCACCAGAUAUGUCUAGUUAUCCUAACGGAUUAUAAAUGAUAAAAUCAAUCACAUAACCUUAUUCUUUUUUUGGUGUUGAUUUAGUUUAUUUAAGGAAAAUUGACUCCUUAAAUAUGAAUAUAUUUGAUGGAGAUACUUCUUUAUUCAAUUAAAACUACAGCGGGGCUAGUACAGGUACUAAUAUAGAAUAUAAUUAUAGCCUAACAUGUUCUCAAUAUUCUGGAUAUAUGUAAGUAAGUAAGGAAACAGUUUAAUUGAAUUAAUCUCUAACAUCAAACAAUAUAAAAGUGUAGUUCAUAUAACAUGUAACUAAUGGUUAUUCUUGGUAUGGUGUUUUAAAAUUAAGAACAUGGGCUAAUUGUGUAGAAAAUUGCGAUAUUUGCUUAAACAGUACUAAUUGCAGCAGUUGUCUUUAAGGGUUUGAUAGGUAUACACUACAAUCAGGAUAAAAAGUAUGUGAAUAAACUUAAGAUUGCAACAUAAACAAUUGCUUUUCAUGUAUCAAAAGCUCUCCUUCUUCUCUAACAGUUACUUGUGUUAAAUGUCUACCAGGUUAUUCCUUAGAUGCUAACAAUAAUUGUUUUGCAAAUCCUGGAGGGGCUUGUCCUGCAAACUAGUAUUAAUCAAAAGUUUCAGUUUGCUAAACCUAUAGUACUUAAUGUUAUAUGUAAAAGUAAAAUACUUACUAUACUUGGUAAAUUUGUCCUGGAUAAGUUAAUUUAUCUUAAUACAAAUGCUUAUAUUCAUAGUCUAUUCUUAUCUAUGAACAUAAAAAUUAUUCUCUUUAUACAUGUGGUUGCCCUGUAAAUAAUUGUAUUUAAUGUCCAAAUCCAAAUUAAUGCUCUUAGUGUUAAUUAGGAUAUACUUAUGAUCCUAUCUCUUAAACUUGUAUUUUUGUGAUGUGCCCUGUAUUGUAUUCACGUGAUCCUUAAACAGGUCUAUGCAAUAAAAAUUGCAGCGGAAAUGACUGUUAGUAAUGUGAUUAAAAUCAAUAAUGUAUUUUAUGUAACCCUACAGGUAAUUAUUAUAUAGAAACCACAAAUCCAGCCAAUUGCGCUUUGUGUACAAUUUAAAAUUGCUUAAGCUGCUCAGGAGAAGGACUUUGUUAUCAAUGCUAAAACCAUUUUUCUUUAAGUUAAGACAGAACUGCUUGUAAUCCUUGUAAUGUCAACAAUUGCAAUUAAUGUGUAAUUGGUUAACCUAGUUUAUGUUAGACAUGCAUAGCUGGUUAUAUUUAAAGCUUUGAUUAAACUACUUGUUCAUGUUCUGUGUAAAAUUGUUAAGCAUGUAAUUCUUAAGAUGGUACAAUUUGUGAUUUUUGUGUAAAUGGGUAUCUAAUUAGCUUAGAAAAAAAGCAGUGUUCAUGUGCUGUUCCAAAUUGUUCACAGUGUAAUCUUUUAGAUGGUACUUAAUGCUAAACUUGUGUUAGUGGAUAUAAUCUGAACCCUUUAAAUAGCAAAUGCUUAUGUAAUGUUCCUAAUUGCUAAACUUGCAAUUCUUUAAAUGGUAAUUUAUGCGAUAGCUGCGUAACAAACUAUGCACCAGUAGGUAUCUAAUCGCCAACCUGUACUUGCUAAGUUUAUGGAUGCUAAACGUGCACUCCUCUUAAUGGGCUCAUAUGUUAAAUUUGUUAUUCGAAUUUCAUAAUUUCAUAAAGUGGAUCUUGCUUAUGUAAUGUUUAGAAUUGCAGUCAAUGUAGUGCAACAGAUGGAAAUUUAUGUAAUACAUGUCUGAAUAAUUACUAAUUAAGCUCUUCUAAAACAUCAUGUGAUUGUUAAGUAAACAGCUGUAAUUAAUGCGAUCCAAACAAUGGAAAAAUAUGUAUAUUUCCUAAACCAGGUUAUACAUAUGAUUCUAUAAGUUAAACAAAUAAAUGUAAUUUUGCAAACUGUUAAAUAUGUGACCCAAACAAUGGAAACAUUUGUUUACAAUGUUAAAGCGGAUAUAACUUUAAUUCUAACUAAUGUUAAUGUAAUGUUUCUAAUUGCUUAACUUGCAACUCUUCAAAUGGUAAUUUAUGCGAUAGCUGCAUAACAAAUUAUGCACCAGUAGGUACCUAAUCGCCAACUUGUACUUGCUAAGUUUAUGGAUGCUAAACGUGCACUCCUCUUAAUGGGCUCAUAUGUUAAAUUUGUUAUUCGAAUUUCAUAAUUUCAUAAAGUGGAUCUUGCUUAUGUAAUGUUUAGAAUUGCAGUCAAUGUAGUGCAACAGAUGGAAAUUUAUGUAAUACAUGUCUGAAUAAUUACUAAUUAAGCUCUUCUAAAACAUCAUGUGAUUGUUAAGUAAACAGCUGUAAUUAAUGCGAUCCAAACAAUGGAAAAAUAUGUAUAUUUCCUAAACCAGGUUAUACAUAUGAUUCUAUAAGUUAAACAAAUAAAUGUAAUUUUGCAAACUGUUAAAUAUGUGACCCAAACAAUGGAAACAUUUGUUUACAAUGUUAAAGCGGAUAUAACUUUAAUUCUAACUAAUGUUAAUGUAAUGUUUCUAAUUGCUUAACUUGCAACUCUUCAAAUGGUAAUUUAUGCGAUAGCUGCAUAACAAAUUAUGCACCAGUAGGUACCUAAUCGCCAACUUGUACUUGCUAAGUUUAUGGAUGCUAAACGUGCACUCCUCUUAAUGGGCUCAUAUGUUAAAUUUGUUAUUCGAAUUUCAUAAUUUCAUAAAGUGGAUCUUGCUUAUGUAACGUUUAGAAUUGCAGUCAAUGUAAUGCAACAGAUGGAAAUAUAUGUAAUACAUGUAUGAAUAAUUACUUAUUAAAUAAUUCUAAAACAUCAUGUGAUUGCUAAGUAAACAGCUGUAAUUAAUGCGAUCCAAAUAAUGGAAAAAUAUGUAUAUCUCCUAAGGCAGGUUAUACAUAUGAUCCUUUAAGUUAAACUAAUAAAUGUAAUUUUGAAAACUGUAAAAGAUGUGACCCAAAUGAUGGAAAUAUUUGUUUGUAAUGUUAAAAUGGAUAUAACUUUAGUUCGAACUAAUGUUAGUGCAAUGUUUAAUAUUGUUAAAAAUGUGAUCCUUUAAAUGGGAGUACCUGUCAAUAAUGUAUUACUGAAUAUCACUUUAAUCCAACUGGUUAAACUGUUUAAUGCUAGCUCAAUUGUAGCUUAGACAACUGCAAAGAAUGUUAAGAUCCUCCAAAUAAUAAAACUUAGUGUAAAAGCUGUAAUUCUGGAUAUGUAUUAGAUCCAUCUACAAAUUAGUGUGUUUCAACUUAAUGCAAAGUUCCUCAGUGCAGUCAAUGUUAGCCAUAUAAACCAAAUCGAUGCUAAACAUGUAAUGAUAAAUAUAAUUUAGAUUCUGAUUCAUAAUGUAUUUUAUCAAUAAGAAAUGAUUUCUCUGUUUAGUAAACUGUCAUUUAAAAUGUUGGCUAUAACGUCACAUUAAUUUUUAAAAAUUAAAUAGUUAUGGAAGAUUAAAAUUUUGACAGUUAAUUAAAAAUCUAAAUAUAAGAUUAUGUUAACCCUUUUUAAGUCACCAUCCUUUAUGUUUAAGAAUAAUCAAUCAAAAUUUAAUUAAAAUUAUAAGACAAUUGUAAAAAUAAGAACUUGGUAGUUUAGAUGAAAGAUCCUAGCUUUGUUUAGAUUAAUAACUUAGUCGAUCCACAAAAAGAAGUAAAACUUAAUGAAUAUGUAGUUCUUUCAGAAUCUUAAAUUUAAUAGUCUUAACAGACUAAAUAAGUUACUUCUGGAGCUUCCUCUUCCUUACUUAUAAUGAUGAUACUUAUGAUAGUGAUAGGAAAUACCUAUGUUCUUUUUAGUACAAUAGAUUUAACAACUUUUAUUUAUUUUAUGCUCUUUAUUGAUGUUAGAUAUCCUGAUAAUGUUAUGUCGUUUUGCUCUAUAUUUUAAAAUUUCCAGUUUGCAUUCAUUCCUAACUCAAUAUAAGUUUAUUUUAUGGAUCCAAAUUACACUCAACCAUACACUCCCAAGAAAUUCAUUGAUAAUGGAUAUGAUGCAUAUUUCUUUAACGGAGCAGGAUAAUCACUUACAAUUAUAGCUGGUAUCAUGAUGAUAUAUGGAAUUAUCAAAGUUUUAUCUUAUGUUCCAGUAACUUCUUUAAGGGUAUAUAUAAAAAGUAAAAUCAAAAGUGGAUGGGAAUUUUGUGGUUUUUUUGAUAUGGUUGGAUGUGUGUAUGUUUAUUUAUUAAUAUCUUCUCUAUUAUAGUUUUACAGCUUUUAAUUUGAUGAAUCACUUGCUUUUAUUAACUAUACACUCUUUUCUAUAACCUUUGUAUUCACUAUUAUCUAUCCAAUAAUGAUAACAAUUUUCAUAAAAAAAUGCAAAAACUUAAAUGACCCAUAAAUUCAAAUGCAAUUUGGAUCUAUUAUAGGAGGUUUAGUGAUACCUUAAAAUGAUCAAAAUUCUGAGGAAUAGAACAAAAAACAAGAAAAUAACUUGAACCAAUCUAAUCUAAAGAUGUCAAAUGAAAGCAAAUCUUUAUAAAAAAUUGAGAAUGAAAAACUAACCAGAUAAAAAUAGUUACAGUAUAAGUGGAGUAGAUAUACCAAUGUAAUUCUUUAUGCUAGAAAAAUUAUUUAUAUGAUGGUUUUAUUAUAUUUUUAUGGAUAAGUGUACUUUUAAAUGAUUAUUAUUAAUUCUAUGAAUAUUUUCCUAUCAAUCUAUUAUCUGUACCUUAAGCCAUAAGAAGAAAAAUCUGCUAAUAUAAAAAAUGGAAUAAGUGAGGUGUUACUAGUAAUAAUGCAGGUUACAAUUUGCUUCUUAGUUAAAGAUGAUGAAAGUUAAAGAGAGGAAGAUAGAUUUAACAUAGGAUGGAUUAUAGUUGGUAGUGCAUCUUUAAUUUUAACUAUACAUAUUUUUAGUGUUAUUGUAGAUCUAUUAAAAGGUAUUUAUAAUCUUGUUAAAGAUUUUAUUUGCACACUCAUAAAACCAAAAGCAGAGAUCGAAAAGUUAAAAUAAGAAAAACUCGCUUAGGAAUAGAAUAAAUAAAAUAAAUUUUUAAGACUAGCUUCUUAAAUUUCGAUUGAUAAAUUAACAAGUAUGAAGAAAAAAUUAAGCUUAAUUGCUUAGUCAUAAUUAGAUAUAUCUAUGGUAUCAAUAUAAAGACAUUAAACCAAAUAAAAAUAAAUAAUAGUUUAACCUAAAAAUAAAGAAAACAAACAUAUCAGAGAACUACAAAAGUAAUCAGAAAAUGGUGGCUAGCCAAAUAAACAUUCCCUUAAAGACGUAGAAAACUAAAUUAAAAAAAAUGAAUAGAAAAACUCUUCUUUUGAAUUAAAAAACUCUCCAGACCACUAAAAAAUGAAUUUAUAAAAUUCAUUUAUCCACAAUAACAUAAAUAAUUAGAAUACUCAUAAAAUACUAUUUUCAGCGCCACAAUCUAUUAAUUUAUCUAAUAAUUAUUUACUAGCUGCUAAAAAUCCAUCAUAAGUUUUUUUAUGA